AUUGGUCCGUCCAGAAAAUCAGUUCGGCUCUUGGUCCGUUUCUAAAACCAUCCGUAGUGAAACAAAUAGGUGUUUUUCGGUUGCAAUAGUUUGACUGCAGGAAAAGGAGAUUGGUUAAUUGUAAACGUGGGGUAUGGAUAAAGUUUGAAAAUCAAGAUUACCUGAUAAAUACUUGAUAACGAGUUUUACUCAUCGGCGUUAUAUCAGCCUGGCAUUGUGUAAGCAGAAGAAAAGUGACUGAUGCCGUGCCGACUGUAGCGACAAAUUAAUGUUAACAGGUUCGACGAGGUGGAAACUUGGCUCAAGCUAACUAGAACAACCUGUACUGGUGUGGUUUAACAGCAUGGACCCAUUUGUAAAAUUCACAAGUCAGAGUCAGGGAAGGGACCGCAUAUUCAGGGCAGCUCAGUAUGCUUGUUCACUCGUUGUUUAUUUACUUCGAAACAACUCGGACAGAAAGGACCUUGUGGCAAAACUUAAAAGUCUGGAAACCAGCUUGAGCGCUGGACGAAAAUUGCUCAGGCUGGGAAAUGCAGCAAAUUCCAUUGAGGCUGCUAAGCGAACCGUGCAGCUCUCGGACCGAGUGCUGCGCCUGUGCCUUACUGUGGCCAACGUGAGCCGCACCCUCUACUUUAUCUGUGACAAUGUACUUUGGGCCAAAAGUGUUGGUCUUAUCCGCAAUAUCGACAAGGAACGCUGGAGUUUAAACUCCUUCCGCUUCUACUUCUUCUCAUUAGUUAUGCAUCUCAGCAGAGAUGUUUAUGCAGUUCUCCAGGUGAUGACAAAGAGGUCAAGAGAUAAAAACUUUAAACAGAGAAUGGAUCAGCAUCUCACUGAGAAUCCUGAAGUAGCUGAAGUUGUCGUCCCUCACCUGGAUGGCUUUCUCUUUCUGCUUUUGGAAGCCCUGAAAUCACACCCGGACCUUGCCUUGGACUCUGUGAAAAACAUCUGUGAUCUCUUCAUUCCCUUAGAUAAGCUUGGUUUAUACCAGUCAAAUGGGGGAGUGAUCGGAUUCUGUGGUCUGAUAUCAUCGCUGAUUGGGAUUGUCACCCUCACACAGCCCAGGCUAAGGAUUGCACCGUGAUGACACGGGCAAAGUUAAAUAUUACAAAGCGAUUACAGAUCAAAGAGUUAAUCACGUCAGGUGCGUUCAAGAGGUCGCUGGAACUGUAAUGGUGGACAGAGGUUAAAAACAAAACCAGCACAUUUUACAAUCCCUGAGUCAGUAAUAACUAAUGGAGUUGCACUCUUUUAGAAUUACUGGAUUUCUCUGUUUUGCACAAUAUCUGGAAUUAAUUUUGAAAGGGAGCAAAUCGAGUCGAUAUAGAAACUUUGUCUAUUUGUUGUACUUUAGAACAUCCAAUGACAGGUACUUUUGUAUUCCAGUCUUGCACAACACCAGCUGUUUUACACUGUAGUAGAAAAUAAGGGCUACUUAGUGGUUAUGAAAAAGAAAAAAACUUACUCUGUCACUUCUAAGUUCACUGUUUUUCUUUUUCUAAACUCUGCUUUGUACUUAAAAUGAGGCAAAACUUGCAGCACCAGUUUCAGAGAUUUUCUUUGGGUUUUUUUCUUCUGCCGUUGGCUGAACGUGAGUAAUUUAUAGGAUGUAUGUUACGAAUAGAAGGUGGGUGUGUUUGAAAAAUGAAUAAAACUAUGCAACAAUGUUUGUAUUAUAGAGAGAGUCACCUUUUAAACAUUCUAAUAAGAACAUAUCUGUGAAUUGAAUACUCGAGACACAGAAACUCACCGGUCACUUUGUUAACUAGACGUGUUAAACUUCUCUUUAACGCAAAUGUCUAACUCAAUGCGUUUAGUUGUGUAGACGUGGUCAAGACGAACUGUACAAGUUGAAACUGACCAUUAGAAUGGAGAAGAAAGGUGAUCUAAGAGUGGCACUCUUUGAUUCUGUCAUAGCCUUGUGCUUCUAUAUCUGUUGUUCACAGAGUCAAAUACAGGAGUGAUUAGCUCCAACAAAAUGAUGUGAAGUAAAUAUCCAAUGAUGCAGUUCUCUGGGGAAAAUCCCACUUGGUGCCAGAGACGAGGGGGAUGUCCAGACUGCAUUGUGCUGAUAGGAUGGCAAUGUUAACUCAAAUAACCACUUGUUAAAACCAAAAAUUGUCUCUCCCAAUGUACAACACAUAGACCCUUUUAGCAUUUAAGAUGGGCUACAGCAGCAGGAAAACACACCAGGUGUAACUCCUGUCAGCUAAGAACAAGAAACUAAGGCUCCAGUUCACACAGUCACAAUAGAAUUGGGCAAAAUUAUUCUGGAAAACGCUGUGUUUGAGUCCAGAUUUGUCAAUUCAGUUCAGUUCAAGGCCUUGAGGCACUUUAUACUGUAGGGUAAAGACCCUAAAUAACACAGAAGAAACACCAACAAUCUGAACCAUGA